GACUUAGUAGAUUUGGCAGGAUUCGGGCCCUUCUGCGUCGGGUUGUCACGUUGUCGUGCCAGGAGGACACUGAUGGCAGCCUUGGUAGAGAGAUGGUGGGACACCACCAACUCCUUUCAUUUCUCUGCUACCGGGGACAUGACCAUGACGCCUCUAGACUUCGCUGUGUUGACUGGCUUAGACAUCGGAGGUUGGUCCAUCCCCUACGAUGAGGAUAUGGGCGAGUGGGAGGCCGCCUGGAUGUAUCUAUUGGGGGUUCGCCCACCUGUUGAUAGGGUCUCUGGGAGAGUCUGAUACACUUGGUUCUCUUCCCAUUUUCGGCGGGCGGAGAUGGUGCCCGAGACUCCCAAGGAGACGGAGCAGUAUGCCCGUGGUUUCCUUAUGUUCCUCUUCGGGACUACCCUGUUCGCCGACAGAGGGAACACAGUCAGGUUAUACCUGCUGAGCGCUCUGGUUGACCUAUCACAGGUCCAUCGAUAUGACUGGGGUGGCGCCGGCCUGGCUACCCUUUACUUUUAUAUGAGCGCGACCUCCCGCGGGCGGGGCGAUUUACUUGGCGGCUACUGGCGAGCCUGGGAGCUAUGGGUCUAUGUAUACUUCCCAGCAUUAGCCCCAGAGUUGGAGGUGGUAGGGAUUCCCAUGACCCCAUAUUCACUGGUGUUCGAGGGCCCGCACCGGCCGAGACCUCGAGAGACCCUCCUUUACCUGCGACAGUACUUUGACACUGUGCGACAUUCAGAGAUCACGUGGCAGCCCUGGGUGUCCCUGGGUGAUGGUCUCCGACUUCAGUAUACCGGAGCGUCGGACAUUUCCCAGUAUAGGGUCCUGCUCGAAGGGCCGGUUGGCAGGGCAUGGUUCCUGGGGGAACGCUUUCUGCGCCAGGUAUGGGGGUAUCUUUCCCAGGAUCCUCCCGCAGUACCUCCAGCCAGUAUGCGGACUGCUGACAGGCUCUCUUACUCGAAGGUAGUCGGCGCCAUGCUAGGUAGUGAUGCUUUAUUAUAUGUUGAGGAGGGGGACUACGCCACUUACCGUCACAUAUAUUUGAUGCCUCCAUUGACGGGAGCUCGCACCUCGAUGACAAGCCCUGCCGUGAAAAUGAGGAAGCUAACAGGUUUGAGAUUCGGUUUUGUUCGGUACGAUUGUCCAGUAGCUGCUGAGGUAGCAGUGCAAAGAGCAGAUGGGUUAUGGUGUGAUGACAAAGAGAUAAAGGUCAAACGAGUAAAGUUUACCAAAGAGGAGAGAAGUAUUACAAGGGGGGAUAAAGUGAGCCAUCAACCAGGAGGAAAUCCUCAAGGGAUGUUGAAGGACAGUGAGACUGUCAAUAUAGGCGUCCAAAAGGUUGGCAUACUGAGAUGGCGAGAUUAUGGAGGGAGUAAGUCCUAUGUCGAGGUGAUUAGAAAUGGCAGCAGCUAUGGGAAGGAGGAAGCAAUUGUUCAGGUUAGAGAAGUAGGAAAUAGGUGGCUGUAUAAAAGCCUAGUUGUCAAACUCCACAAAUUUUUCUCAUUCCCAGCUUUCAAGGAGGAAUGCAAGAAGAGAGGCUUGAUGAAGGUGCAAGUCAGAGCAAAGGAAUGA